AUGCGCCGUUUGGCUGCUGUCAAUUGUGGAGGUUGUCUGCCGCUGCUGUUGUUUUAUUGCCCGAAUCUCUCGGCAGGCGCCCUGUUCUCGUCGGUGCAGGGCAAACCGGGCCACUCCGACGACGAUGCACUAGGCGCAGAAGACUCGUUUAAGGCCGUUGAGGCUGCGCUGAAGGAUAAGCAAACAUCGAAGGACCAGGCACUACCGGAUGAAAUUGAUCCGGUAGCGUCAGCAGUGAACCAACGAAGAAAUCGUCGUAAAAGAAGCGUUGACUCCAUCUUUGGUGAUGUUCUGCACGACGCGCUGAGGUUGCGGGACAUGGGGCACAAGCCUGACGCCGACUUUGUGUACAAGCGGGCGCAAGAGCGGAUGUAUGAGGAGGAGUACGGCCACAAGCCUCCUAGCGCGAAGGACCACGCAGCGAAGUAUGUUCCAUUUCCACCUGAUUUAGGCCUUAAUCGCCUAAUUCCGCUAGAACACAUAAUCGGUGACGACCCGUGGCCUGCGCGCUCCAUCACGGCGCAGAACCCCGUCUGGACGCGACAGCAGGUCGAGGAGGAUCGAGUAAAGCAUGGCGGUGCCCAGCUCAAGGAAUGGGAGAAGAAGAUGUUUGGCCCCCGAGAGGGCUUUGACCCUUGCGGAGAAUUCAUAGACGCCAUGGAGGAGCUAGCAUACUGGGAAGAACGUUUCGUAAAGUUUGUCCGCGAGGCGCCCCUGCCACAGCGCCGAACAUUGCCACUUUUACAUGAAGUUUAUCGGUACAUCACACACAGAUUGGUUAGGGCGGAGCGACGCUAUCUUGGAACGCGGGAUGCGGCCCUGAAAAAGGCCCGUGCGUCGUCUUCCGUGUACAAAAUGACGGAAGCCAACAUUGAGCGUAUCCGGAGUUUGUACUCAGAGACCCACCGCUCCCUCUCGAGUCCCAAUUACGAUCCUGUUCGCAUGAAGAAAUCCUUGACCGGCCCUCUUCUACAGAUGAGUGAGUCCGAGUUUGAGGAAUGGAAGAAUGUGCGAAAACAUCAAAGGAAUCGUCUUGUGGCGGAAAUUGUGUGA